AUGACUACCCGACCGAGCGGUUCGACGACUGGGCCUCCGGGACGUCAAGUGGCAUCCCGGCGCCAUAAGCGGGUGCAGGUGGCUAGGGCAUGCGAUGAAUGCCGACUCCGACGCAGGAAGUGCGACAACAGAAUCCCUUGUUCAAACUGUACAACAGCAGACCGAAUAUGCAGCAACAGUGGAGCGCCCAAAGCAUCUACGCUCACGCAAGCCUCUGAGGAGAUUGAGCGGCUGAAGCAGAAAGUCCAGCAGCUAGAAGCGAAACUGGAGCAGCGGUCCCAUGAGACCAAUGAUCUUCCCACACCAACAGGGUCUUCCCCGUCGCCACCUCUUGCCUUUUCACCGAGGAACUCUGAAAUUUGUGACUCGGGAAAUUUGAAAAAAUACUGGGGCGGCAUACAGCUUCGCCCUGCGCGAUCAUCCAACGAUACAUGGCUUGGCCCGUCAUCACUACAUUCUUUCAUCCAGCGCCUCAGUGUAUAUCUGAGUCUCAAUCUCCAACAGACACAUUCUCCCAACAAUCUGUUGCCCAUCUCGGCCAGCGACAACAAAUUGCUGGACAGACCAGAAGGCCCCGACAUAGACCCAGUACGUAGGCUGGUCUCGACAGGGAAACUUUCUUCCGGUGUCUAUUUAAGCCCGAUACAAGAGGAGUAUUUUAUCAACUUUUUCUGGCACACAUAUCACACCUCAUUGUUCCCAAUAUUGGAUGAAACCCAGUUCAAGAAGCAUUACCAGUCUCUAUGGGUGUCUGGUGACAAAGAACGAAAACCAUCCGCCCUCGUCGAUGUCGUCAUUGCCAUGUGUAUGCAACAUGCUAUUUCAGCUCUCCCCUCAGAUGCCCAAGGAUUUCUUGUAGAAGGUAAUGAUGCUUCAGUUGCCGGUCGAUGGCACUUUUGGCGUGGGCAGACACUGCUCACAUACGAGCUCGAAAGUCCCUCCCUUUCAACACUACAAUGUCAUGUACUCUGCGCGGUCUAUCUGUGCGGCGGAUCUUUCCACAAUAUGUUGGACAAUUCAAUCGGCCAAGCUGUGCGCACCGCUUACGCUUUGGGCCUCCAUUUGGACCCCUCGCCGAGCAUGCCUGAGCAAGACCGCGAAAUGCGGAGACGCUUAUGGUGGGCGGUCUAUCUUAUGGAUAGCAAAGCCGGAAUGAAGCUCGGUCGUCCUUUCGUGCUGCGUGAUUCUCAUGCCAUGCCUUCCCUCCCAAGUGACAGCUUGGAGGCUGCAAGAAUGUCGGGAUCCACUUUUGCACCUAUUGGCAACAAUUCCACCUGGCUGAGCUAUAACCUCCACCAGACUGAGCUAUACAUCAGAGCACGAGCUGCCUACACGAGCUUCUAUGAUCAAGAGCUUCACUUGCGGAAUGGCCAGACGAUAUGGGAUGAUCGUCAUGCCCUCGAAUCUAGCGCGGACGUUCUGUUUCCACAUAUCCAGAAGCUGCAAGAAUGGAGCAACGCUGUACCAGAAUCUCUAAAGUUGAAGCGUCAAAAUAACGGCAUGCCUCUUUCGACGGAUGGCACACGCCUGUUAUUCGAGCAGUUCGCACCACUCUGGCUACAGCGGCAGCGCGUUCUCCUCGAACACUCAUACCACCAUCUCAGCGUCAAUCUAUACCGACCAUUGAUCUCCUUCUCUUCGAAGCCUUCGCCAGGAUCUCCAGCGGAGGAGAUCGCUAUGCGCUGUGCUUCCCAUGCUAUCAUGCUAUCGAAGAUUACGCAACAGGUUCUUGCAGAAACUUCCAUUCUCGACGGGUGGCAUGAGGCCUUCCACUGCCAAUGGAAUGCAGCUAUGACAUUGAUUGGCUUUGUCAUGGUGUACCCAGAUGCACUAUUAGCCACCGAAGCUAGGAAUGCAAUCGACCUUGCAGUCGAUGUGUUUGACAACUUUGGUGCCAAGUUCUCUGUUGCGGCUAAUGCGGCCAAAAUUAUGCGAGAUCUAUGUGCCAAGGUUGACUUCCUGGCAAAGCAUAAUCAGUCCCAGCGUGAUCCUUUGAAUGGCGUCCAAACUAUCUCCAUGGAUGAUUCUAUGAGUAUACCGCAGGGUCUCUCAUUCGAGGCUUCCUCGAGCUCAUACACAAAUGCCCUGGCACCAGAUUUGAGUUUGUUUGACAUGGCGGUUGAUGUGGAUUUCUGGAACAAUCUGGACGCGCUCUGGCCAGAAGCUGACAAUUUGUUUCAAUUCCAAUCGGAGAUCUGA